AUGGUGUGCGGCUUUGGCCUUGGCCCUGAGGCCACCUCCUGGCUGGGUGCAGCGGGCGCAUCAGUGGUGGGCGGUGGCGGCGCGAAGAGGGGCUUCGACUUUGCUUCCUGGGCCGCGCUGCCCGCGUCCAAGACCGCCUCCGGUGGCCGCCGCGCCUUCUCCGACGCCUCGUCCUUCGAGGACAAGGGUACGAAGAAGCCAGAGGGCGAAGACGACGAAAAGAAAGAGGGGGAGGGCGGCGCGGGCUGCUUCCCCGGCCGGGCCAGCGUCUACGUGAAGGGCCGCGGGCCCGUGCCGGUGAGUGAGCUGAGCCAGGGCGACUCCCUCCUCUGCGGCGACGUCGGCGCGGGGCAGCUGCUGUUCAGCCCCUUCUUGGGCCACAUGCACAUGGAGGUCUCCAACCCGGCGAGCUUCGUGUCCGUCAAGGCUGGUGCCACGGACGGCGCACCGCUUCUGCUCUCGCCAGAGCACCUGGUCUUCGCCGCGAGCUCCGAGGACGCUCUCCUCGUCGCGGUGCCGGCGGCGGCGCUUGCUGAGGGACAGUGGAUCUUGCGCGUCGACCCCCUCUGCGGCAGCUUCCGCCGCGUGCAGGUGUCGGAGGUGGGCGUGGUGUCCGACAAGGGCUUCUACGCGCCGCUCACGCAGUGCGGCACGGUCGUCGUCGAGGGCGCGCUGUGCAGCUGCUAUGCGGACGCGCUCCCCGCGACGCUCCCGGCGUGGCUGCGCAGCCUCGCCACCACGCACCAGGCCAUGCACCGCGCCGUCCUGCCCCUCCGGGUGGCCUCGCUCCUCGGCGCCGCGCCGCAGAAGGGCACCGUGGCGCGCGAGGGGAUCCACCCUUACUGCCGCAUGCUGAUGGCGCUUCCCAUGGCGAUGGCGUGA